AUGCUGCUACUCAAUUGUUUAAAAUCAAAUUUACCACCACGAAAUCAUACAACACCACAAUAUUACACCUGUUUUGGAAGAGUACAUGUUCAGACUGCCUUACAACUUAUUAUAAUUGUAACAUUUGCCUGGGAUAUAUUUCGAUGGAUCGAUUUCAUUGUCAAUCGAGGAAUUACUUUCGGAUGGAUAGAAAUUUUCGCAGAAAUUUGCAAUGCCUUAUUUGGAAUUUCUUUAAUUAUUGCUUAUUGUUUCAAAUCAGCGUCUUUCUUACUACCAUAUCUUUUCCUUCAGCUAUUUACUCUGGUUGCUUCGAUGAUUUUAUUCUGCGUAAGCAUUUUGACUAUAAUAUGGCCAAAAAAUUCUUGGGCACCCAGCUUUCAUACUUAUCCAUCGACAAAAACAUCCUCUAUUCAAUUAAAUGCUUUCAUUUAUGCUAUAUCUCCACUUACUUUUACACUAAUGUUAAUAUGGGUGAUUCGUGUAUUAUUCGCUUGCUAUGUGUAUUUUAGUGAUCGAAAGAAAGCUGAAUUAAAUUUUCCUAUAGUUUCUAUCCAGAAUAAUGGUCCCAGUGCUGGUAUUACUAUAACUUCACCAACUGAUCCAAAUAACAUACCAACAACAACAGCAGCAGCAGUAGUAGCAACAGUAGCAUCGACGAUCAAUUCAACAUCACCAAUCACAUUCUCGAAUCCUAAUUUCACUCUUCAGGAUGAAAAUGGACAGAAGUAG